AUGCUUGCCUCUGCCGCUGCUGGAAUUGUGGCCGCCCUCGCCGCUGGCGCCUACGCCAAGGGUCCCUUUCUCCAGAAGAUCGAUGAUAGCAACCAUGUCAUUGGAAACAACCUGUGGAAUGUGACCAUUGGGCAGCAGUACGGUGUCAAGCUGUUUUACAAAGGACAGGAUCUGGUCGGCGAUGCGUGGGGCCACUAUGUGAGUUACAGUAUGUUCAUAUCCGUGACUCCCAGACCAUUUGGAGGCGUUUCCCUGAUCAAAGCAGACGGCGCGGCAUCCGACUUGAAUUGGACAUCUGUCUCGAUCGAGCGUCAGACAGCGGACUACCUCGAUGUCAAAUUUACCGCCAAAGAAGGUGAUUUCCACUGGGUGAUAUUCGACGACCUCGUCGGUGCCUACCAGUACUUCGUCAAUCACGCAUUGCCCACUCUGGGCGAGUUUCGCACCCUGUGGCGACUCGACAACACGUCUUUCCCGAACGGACGAACAAACAUUAAGGAUGAGCCGCUCCCGCCGCUGUCUGAGAUUGUCAGCUCGACGAAGGUGCAAGACGAGACGUGGCAGCGUGCCGACGGGACCUACAUCACCAAGUACGACUUUACUGCGUGGAUCAGGGACCAAGAUUACUAUGGCGUGUACGGCGACGAGUUUGGGUCGUGGUAUAUCAACCCCGGCAAAGACUACUACAACGGAAACCACCUGAAGCAGGAGUUGAUGGUGCACCGCGAGAGUGCCACGGGCGAUGCAGUGCAACUAAACAUGAUUCAUGGCACGCACUUCCAGGCGUCUUCCAACGAUGUUUUCCCGGACGGGAAGAUAUGGGGCCCGUGGUUGUGGUAUCUGAAUGACGGGUCAAAGGAUGAUGCGGCCGAUCGGGCCAAGAAGGAAUUUAGCAGCUGGCCAUACAAAUGGUUUGAAAAUGAGGAAUAUCACGCCCGCGGGUCGGUGUCUGGUCGACUAGUCCUCUCCGACGGCCGACCAGCCGCCGGGGCAUCUGUGUUCCUAGGUGACAACAAUCCCAACAAGACAGCUCUCGACAUGGGAACUCUCUACUACUACACCGGCCAAGCGGACAGCCAAGGCCGAUUCACCUUCCAGAAUGUCCGUACGGGUGAUUAUGGUCUACAGGCCUGGUCAAACGGCGGGUCGCUCGCCGAUGUGUCCACAACGUUCCUGCAGAACGACGUGACAAUCAAACAAGGAAAGCAGACGCGGUUAGGGAAGCUGAAGUGGACGGUCUCCUCGUCAAAGAAGAUCUUCCAAGUCGGAGAAUUCGAUCGCAAAUCUCUUGGUUUCAAAGCAAGACAUCCGACUGGUGUUUUGGACAAUCGGCCGCAGGGACCUGGUCUAUUAAGUUCUUAG